AUUAGUGUGUGUGUUAUCCGUAGUUGCGGUGGCUGCGGCCAGGCGGCGCUGACUGACCAUAUCUCCCUCUCGGUAAACAUCAUCAUCAACAUGUCCACUCAGAAGAAGAAAACCAGGAAACUUCGUGGACACGUGAGCCAUGGUCAUGGCCGUGUUGGAAAGCACCGCAAGCAUCCUGGUGGUCGUGGUAAUGCUGGUGGUCAGCACCAUCACAGAAUUAACUUUGACAAAUACCAUCCUGGUUACUUUGGAAAGGUUGGUAUGAGAAGAUACCAUGACCGUCCCAGUCACAGAUGGGCUCCAAUCAUCAAUCUAGACAAGAUAUGGUCUUUGGUGUCUGAACAAACAAGAAUCAAUUAUGCAAAGGCAAAGGAAAAUGAUAAAGUGCCAGUAAUCAAUGUUGUCCGAUCAGGUUACUACAAGGUCUUGGGUAAAGGUACCCUCCCUAAACAGCCAGUUAUUGUAAAGGCUAAAUUCUUCUCCCGCAAAGCUGAAGAAAAAAUAAAAGCUGUUGGUGGUUGCUGCGUGCUAAUGGCCUAGUUAACUUCCAAGAACUUUCUUAGCCAGCUCGUCGAAGACCUCAUUCAAAGCAGAUUAUAUAAAACUGGAAGAUACUUUUUUUGAUAACUUAGCUUGAGAAUUAAAGCUAUGAAGAAU